UAAAGAGAUGGUUGCGAAAAAGAGAAACGUUCAUGUUGUGGUUGUUCCCUACCCAGGGCAAGGCCACAUUAAUCCUCUCCUUCAAUUCGCCAAGAGGUUAGCCUCUAAGGGUGUCAAAGCCACCGUCGCCACCACCAAAUACACCGUCAACUCCAUCGUCGCUCCCAACGUCACCGUCGAGCCCAUCUCUGACGGCUUCGACGAGGCCGGCUUCGCUCAAGCCAAGAACGUCGACUUGUUCCUCAACUCCUUCAGGAGCAAUGGCUCCAAGACGCUUUCUCGGCUCAUCGAGAAGUUCGAGCAUUCCGAUUUCCCCGUCACCUGCGUCGUCUACGACUCCUUCCUGCCGUGGGCUCUUGAAGUUGCCAAACGACAUGGAGCAUUUGGGGCCGCCUUCUUCACUAAUUCAGCUGCCGUUUGCAGUAUAUUCUGUCGUAUACACCAUGGGUCCCUUCGCCUGCCGGUGAAGAUGGAGGACCUACCCCUGCUCAUUCCGGGUCUUCCUCCAUUGAACUGUUCGGAUCUUCCGAGCUUCAUUAGGUUGCCUGAGAGCUACCCGGCUUACCUGGCUAUGAAGUUGAGUCAGUUCUCAAACGUGGAGAAAGCUGAUUGGAUGUUCGCAAACACAUUUCAAGCACUGGAAAGCGAGGUAGUGAAAGAACUGUAUGAGAUGUUUCCGGCGAAGUUGAUAGGCCCAGUGGUGCCUUCUGCUUACUUAGAUGGCAGAAUCUCCGGCGACAAAGGGUACGGAGCGAAUCUGUGGAAACCACUAAGUGAGGAAUGCAUGAAAUGGCUAGAAUCAAAGCCAAGUCGCUCCGUCGUUUACAUUUCGUUCGGAAGCAUGGUGUCGUUAACGGCAGAGCAAACUCAAGAACUAGCACAAGGGUUGGAAGAAAGCGGCAAGAAGUUCCUCUGGGUCCUAAGAGAAUCCGAACACUCCAAACUUCCCAAAGGGUUCGCAGAUUCAGUGAAAGACAAGGGUCUCAUAACCACAUGGUGCAACCAGCUUGAACUUCUGGCCCAUGAAGCUGUGGGAUGUUUCGUGACCCAUUGUGGGUGGAACUCCACGCUGGAAGGUCUGAGCCUUGGAGUGCCCAUGGUGGGGGUCCCACAGUGGGCGGACCAGUUGACGGAUGCUAAAUUUGUGGAGGAUGUGUGGAAGGUGGGUGUGAGAGCUAAGGAAGAGGAAGGAGGGGUUGUAAGGAAACAAGAGAUUAUAAAGUGUGUGAAGACAGUGAUGGAAGGUGAAACAAGUGAAGAGAUCAGAAAGAAUGCAGCAAAAUGGAAGGAUUUGGCUAGGGAAGCAGUGGGAGAAGGAGGAAGUUCUGAUAAGAACAUUGAUGAGUUUGUGAAAUAUUUGAAAAUGAGUUUAUUCUGUGAUCGUUAAUUAAGUAGUGAUUUUCUUUCUCCCUUUUGUUUAUUGUGGAUUUGUGGUGUUCUGCAAGUCCGCGUAAUGAAAGGUGUCAUAUAUGUGUAAUAGAUUGAUCUGUUACAGUUGUGUGGAUGAAAAUCUGUUACCGGC